AUGGAUUUGGUAAACUGGGAACGCGGUGGAGUAUUGGCAAAGAGCAUAUUAUCACAAUCGACCUGCGAUACCGCUGGGAUACAUUUUCUGACUCCCAGCCACGGGAGGGUGGUCGAGGACUUGGAGACGGCGCGCGCGUUGCGAGACGUGAGCAUCGGGGUGAACCGUUUCCGUGGCAAACUGCUGCUGCCCCGGCCACUACCUGAGAUUCUGGAGAGAAACGGCCGCGACGGGCGGCCACACUGGGUGUACAUAGGGGCUGACGUGUUUGACGUGGCAGCUCACCCCUUCCCUGUCACGUACAACGGCACGUCGAAAGCGGCCACAAGUGGCUAUUAUGUGCGCCACCGUAUGCAUGUCAGCGACUUCUUCCGACAUUCCCCGCUCCCGGAAGCGACAGCAGAGCCUGAUGCCACACAUGACGCCUACUCGGCUGCCUACUCGGCUGCCUCCCACGAGAUGGUUGCCGGCGAUGACAAUACCUACGUGCUCGGACGUAUCGACCAGCACAACGUCGUUAUGGCGUGCUUGCCGGGACAGUACGGAACGAACAACGCCGCAAUCGUCGCGACAAACCUGAAGCGAAGUUUUCCGAACGUCCGCGCUACCUUGAUGGUCGGCAUCGGCGGCGGAGCCCCUAGCCAGGCCGACUUGUACCUAGGCGAUGUCGUCGUCGGUACGAGGAUCAUGCAAUAUGAUAUGGGCAAGAUGGUUGCGGGCGGCUUGUUCCAAGAAACGGCUGAUAUCGAUGCCCGUAGAACCACGAUUCGGGCUGCACACACCAAAACCUGCCGCUGGCUUCUGCAGCACUCUAAAUACCGGGAUUGGCUUGAUCCUGGGAAGCAAUCGCAGAAUCAUGGCUUCUUAUGGAUACGAGGCAAGCCAGGCGCCGGAACGUCAACAAUGAAGUUCGUGUACCUGGAAACAAAGAAAUAUUCCAAGAAGCCCAAAAUAGCCGUGGCGUCCUUCUUCUUCAAUGCACGAGGCGACUAUAAAGAAAGGUCCAUCUCCGGGAUGUACCGGUCUCUGUUACUGCAGCUCCUGUACGAGUUCCCGGAUCUUCAAUCCGUCCUGGACGACACGGACAUCGUUCCACAGAACCAGCAAGAUUGCCUGGCCUAACCGCUCUGAAGGAGCUUCUCAGUAGCGCUAUCAUGUCCCUUGGCCCGCGCUCCUUUACCUGCUUCGUCGACGCCCUCGACGAAUGUGACGAACAGGGGGUCCGGGAUAUGGUCCAUUUCUUCGAGGAAUUGGCAGAGAAUGCUACGAUAAAGGCAUUCGGUUUCGAAUCUGUUUCUCAAGUCGGCCAUACCCGUAUAUUAAUAUUCGAUGGGGACUCCUGCUCACCCUUGAGG